UUUUGAAGAGAAUAUCAUCAGACAGAGCAGCAGCGCCCUCUUCAGGGCAGCUUGGGCAUCGUCUGCGUUACGUCUCUGCACUCGUGCAGGGCCUGCGCACGCUAGCACACGUCACCACAAUUGCCAGCAGCGAAUCCCUGCCCAGAGCUGCGCAGCAGCGUUGCGCAGACCUGCUUGGUGAAAUACGCAGCCAUUUCUCUUCAUCUUGUUGUAAAGCCACAGGUCCGAGAAUGCAAAUACUGCAAUAGUAGCUGAUGUUGGGGUUUGUAGGUGAAUUUCUUUAUAUCUAAUUGAGAGACUAAAACUUUUUCCUUCUCGUAAGCAUUGAGAGAAACAACCACAUAGGCAGCCUAUUUAGACGGGGUCGAGCGAUUCCAUACUAUAGCCAAGAAAGUGCGCUUGGUAGACGCGGUAAUGUCUUUGAAUAUCACUGUGAAAAGUGAAGACUCCGAGUCCUUUGACGAAGAAGACGAAUCAUCUCCGCUGCUUUCAGGCAAAAGAGGCUCCGAGUCUGCAGCUCGUCACGAUAUUUCUCCGGGAGAAGGCGGUCCAAUAGAAGACCAUGCAGGGUAUUCAACACUGCAUGGGCGGCUGGCAACUAAAACGACCACCAAACCCAUCGUACUGUAUCCUGUGAGUGCUGACCGUUUCUUUUCCUCUACUUCUGCAGAUGGCAAAACCAUCUUAAAGAUAGCUCCAGCCCCAGUCAUGACCCUCCCGACUCCUCGGCCUCCUCCCCAGGUGUCCCCAGAGUUCUCCUACCAGGCCAUCGUGUACCUGAUCGAAGCAGUGGGGCGCCGCUGGAGCCUGUAUGGGACCCGGGAGCGUUCGCAGCUCUUCCAGAGCGUGCAGAAGGAGUUGGAGGAGCAGGGUCACUGUCUCCCCGUUGAGAAGAUCCGCCGCAAGUGGAACAACUUGAUCGUCACCUAUAAGAGGGUCAAAUACAGAGGCAGGGAGACCGGCCAGGCCAGAACCUCCUGGGAGUACUUUGAGAUGAUGGAUGCCAUGCUUGGUGACACCAUUGGCGCGGAGACCACUAGCAGCCCUACCCUAGUAACCAGCAUCCCUAAGGUGAACGUCGCCACGGAAACCACCAAAACAGAGCAGAAGCCCCUUCUCCUUCCCCAUGGCAACCUCAUCACUGCCUGCACUCGGACACUCACCCUUGUCCCCUCCUCCCUCCCACUCCACACACCAGUUUCCUCCACCCUCCCUCUCUACACCUUUGUCAGAUCCCUCCCCACCCCUGUCUGCUCCUCCCUCCCUCUAUCCAACCCUUUGGACACACCCUCCCCCAGAAUAGCUAAUAACACAGAUCCUGUACAGCCAAACCCCUCCCCUGCUCCGGUCGCACAGCCCCCUGCCUCCCGUCACAUCCCCUCCAACCUCAGCCGCGUGCACCUCCGCAGAAAGAAGCACGGUCGCUUCUCCUGCUCCUCCAUUACCUCCCUUCUGGCCCAGCAGCAGAAGCGAGUAGAAGAAGGCACCUCCCUGCUGCAGGAGUUCCUGAGGAGGCAGGAGGGGCAUGCCAAGGAGGAGCAGGUCCGUCGCAACAGGGCAGAGUCCCGGGGGAGGAGGCGCGAGAGGAGGGAGGCACGCAUGGCAGAGUCCCUGGGUAGGAUGGCCACAGCUCUGGAGCUGCUCUCCUCCAAACAGGACACAGUCAUUGCCCUACUGCAGAGACUGGCCGAGAGAGACAGGAAGUGACAGUCAUCGCCCUGCUGCAGUGUUGUCUCUAACUUCUAUAGCCCCAAAGCCAUAAUUAUGGCUAAACCCUGCCUACACCUGCAUUGCUUGCUGUUUGGGGUUUUAGGCUGGGUUUCUGUACAGCACU